AUGGCGGAGGCAGAACAUGCACCGACACUCCCAUCACUCAGGGAAUUGCAGCUAGAGGAACUUUUGCGGACGCGUGAACUGCAAAUACAGACACUGAAUAAUGAACUCUUACUGGCCAAGAAGCAGCUACCUGCUCUGACUCCACAUGGAUUGGUGUCGGAGGAAGCAGUCUCGGCGGCAGCUAUGGCAGCCCUCAUGCCCCAUCUUGUCAACGAACGAAACGCGAUCAAUGGGAUAGGGUCAUCAGAACUUAUUCAUCCUGGUCUCGUUGCAGCACUCCGACAACGUGCGACUAUGCUCCAGGAGGAGAAUGACGAGCUCUAUACCGUUUUGCGUCGAGCAGAGACCGGUCGAUUAGACGAGGAGGUCAAAGGACUGAGAAGACUUGUUGACAAGUUGGAGAGAGCUCUCAGAGAAUCAAACGAAAAGGUUCAAUACCUAUCAGGGGAGAUGGCAGCCACCACGGAGCUCCUCGCACGGGAUAACCUGACUCCUGUUCACCCACGAAGACAGGAUCGUGAGCCAACUCCAUCUCGGGGCUCUCGAUCGCCACACGACGCAUCCCCCAAGCCUCAUCACCAACCACCCACUGGACCACGCUCAAAGAAACCGCGCACCUAUCUCUCUCCUCCACCUGCGCACACUCGACCAGACGACCGAACGAGACAACCUCAUCGCUCACCAAGCUUUGAAAGCAAGAGCUCUGACCGCUCUCAUGUGCCCCCACCUUCCCGCGCUGCUGGAAUGGACAUGGACAGUCGUCGUGACCGCGAUCGACGCCGUCCGGAGCGAGAUAUGCCAUCUCCCACCCCUCGUGAAAGAGAUAGGUCUGGGAGAGACAACCAACAUGGUCGGGCCACGGACAGUGGACCCGGACCGUCCGGCGACGCGAAUGGCCUGCAAAUUCGCGGAUAUGCACGUAGCAAGGGUGACAACGGGAAUCAAGGUCGAAGUUCGCCGCGUCGAAGUGCUGGGGGACCUCCUGGUCGCGCAAAUGGGUUACCCAAUCGCCCAGACAGAGGUCUUGCCGAAAGAAUGGGCCUAUAA